ACAGCAGAUCCCCUCCCCAAAGAGAAAAGCCCGCCUCUCAACUCUUCACCUCACUCCCAAAACUCCGCUAUUCUUUGCCUCACACCAAUCCAUGGAAACUGACGAAUCUCAAAGAGUGGUUCCAUUUCAACUUCAAUUCGACAAACCUAUCGCCUCGCAGGUCUCUCUCUCUCCCUCUCAAGUGGAGAAGGUAUAUUGUAUGCUUGUUUUUGGCGUAAUUGGCGCCAUUUUACUUUUGCAGAUUAAGAUUGCCGAAUGGAACCCGGAGAAGGAUUUACUUGCGAUGGUGACCGAGGAUUCGAAGCUUCUUCUCCAUCGCUUCAAUUGGCAGCGACUGUGGACGACAUCCCCUGGGAAAUGCAUAACAUCCAUAUGCUGGCGCCCUGACGGCAAAGCAAUUGCAGUGGGACUUGAAGACGGGACUAUGUCCCUGCAUGAUGUUGAAAAUGGGAAGCUACUAAGAAGUAUGAAGUUCCAUUGUGCUUCUGUUGUCUGUCUCAACUGGGUGGAAGAUACGAAAAAGACAAUGGAUGUUAACAAUGGAAAUUCACCAUAUGAAGAUAGGACUGCUCGCUUUUUUCCACCUGCUCCACGAGUUCCUAGGACCGCUGGACUUGUCCCUGGAGAUAGUAGUGGCACGGAUGAAAGUGACGAUUCUUUCCGGGAACUAUUUGAUUCAUCGCGCCAACAGUUUGACAUCCUAUGCAGUGGGGACAAAGAUGGAAAUAUUUAUUUUAAUAUAUUUGGCAUAUUCCCAAUAGGAAAAGUUAACCUACGCGAAAUUGCUUUCCAUAGUCCACUACUUGCGAACCAUGGCUCCUUUCGGCUCAUGGAUGCUUCUAUUUGUAAGAUGGCAUUGUCUAGCGAUCUCUGUCAUAUCACAGUGCUGUGCUCUGGCAUGCUCACUGAAACUGGAUUGGGAUCAUGUGAUAAUCAGUUAUCUGGAUGCCAUUUAGAUGGGCUCCACUGCUUAGUCCUAGACAGCACAAUGUUUCAGAAAAGGAAAAAUGAACUUCAUCAGGUGGCUCUGCAAGCUUCCAAUGUGGAGCAUCUUAUUGAAGUCAUUCGCAAAUCAAUAGCUAUCAUGUAUAAGCAGUGGUCAGAUGCAAUGCACGUGUACCAGGAAAAGUUCAAUGCUUUAUCCUCCCUGAUUGUUGACCAUGGACUUGACUCCAGUCCUCAAGAAGAGUUUCUAAGCCUGUUGGGUGGUGCAAGGACAAGUCCGCCGGUUCAUCAAUUUUUAGUUAGCUCCCUUGGUGAAGCAGGGCUCAAACGGGUAGCGAAGUCUGUUUCUGGGGCUGGCAAGGAGCUCCAAACAAUUGUGCUUGACCAUCUGCAGCCUGCUGCAGAAAUUAUUGGAUUUAGAAUGGGAGAACUAAGAGGGCUUUCCAAGUGGCGUGCACGGUUUCAGGGUAUUGGAUUGGAGGAGAGGUUAAUUGAUAAUGCUACAGAAAAAGCUGGAAUGUUGCUUGUUCAGAUUGAAAGAUUCAUUAGGAUUUUAUCUUCAGUGGUGCAGCAGUUUUCAAAUUUUUUCAACUGGCUUCUCAAAUGUGUGAAGGUUCUAAUGUCCGAACCAAGCGAUCAACUUCUCCCGUUUAGUAGUGAACUUGUUAUCCUUUUCCUAAAGUUUUUAUACGACCAAGAUCCUGUUGGUAUGUUGCUGCAGGAUACCCAGCUUGAUCAUAACGUUGAAGUUGACUUGGAAACUAAGCAACGAGUCACAGAAUUAGCUCAUUUUGGAGGUUUCUCGGAAUCUGAAUACUUGAAAAGAACAUUGGCGAAAGAAUUUCAACAAAUGGAAUCCUGUUUCAAGGAGGCUCUAGGGAUGCCACUGACCACAGUUUCCAGAAGGAUACUUUGUAAAGACAUUUUGCCACUUUUCCCAGUUUUAUCUGUACCGAAUUUGAAGUCAGCUUAUUUUCCAGUAUCGAUAUCAUACUACCAGGAAGCUCCCCAUGGAACCACACAUCAGAGGCCUACUGAUUAUACCUCUUUUAUGGUACCUGAUGAGACUUUUCCAAACAUCACAAAUUGCAUUGGUGUAGCAAGGGGGCUCGUACAUGACAACUUGAAGACGGGCCUUAACUCACUUGAGGUUGCUCUGUUAUGCAUCCCUGAUUGUUAUCGCUGUGUAGAUCUGUCUCAAUACAAAGACGGACAAAUUGUGUUGCUGCUAAAUGAUGUAAACACAGACUCUGACAGCUCAGGUAAUGCUUGUAUGAUGAUGGUACAAACAGAUGACCUCACAUUUGUUUCCAUAUCAAGAUCGUCCCCCUCUUGGAAUCUUCAUGAACUUAAGGAUUUUAUUACAUGCCUGCACUUGGAGAAUGAAAAGGCUCGAGAAAUUCCUCACUCUUUGGUUGCUCCUUUGGCAGUUAGUGCAUCCAGAGGCGUCGCUUGUGUUUUUGGUGCGAGGAAACGAGCCUUGGUGUAUAUUCUAGAGGAAGAUGAAGAUGAAGAAGUUACAGAUUCAGAAUAAGUUACUGUUGAGCUAGUACUUGUUGUUUGUUAUACUUCUAGUUCUGUUGCUUGUAAUUUAAUUUUGAAUCUGAUUUAAUUUUAUUAGCCUACAUAUGUCAAUUCUUCAGUAGACAUAAUAUUUCAGCUGUCCAUACCAAUUGAAACUUCAUAAAUUACCAAAA